AUGGGGUUUCUUAAGAAAAAAAUAGUGUCUUGGGGUACAUCAACUGUGAAGGCUAAGUAUAUUCACAUGAGAUGCAUUGCCCAUAUCCUUAACUUGGUUGUUCAAGAUGGCUUGAAGGAGUGUGAUAGUUCUGUGAAAAAAGUUAGGGAGGUUGUUAGAUAUGUUAGGAAUUCACCUGCCAGGCUAAAGAAGUUCAGGGACUUGGCUGAUUUGUUAGGAAUUGAGCAAAGGUCUUCUUUGUGUCUAGAUGUUCCAACCAGAUGGAACUCUACAUAUUUGAUGUUACAAUCUGCUUUGACUUAUCAGAAAGUCUUUGAAUCUUGUGAAGAGUCUGAUAGUUCUUUCAAAUCUGACUUGGGUGAUUCUGUGCCUAAUUUUAUGGACUGGGAGUCUGUGAGCAGUUUGGUGGAGUUGUUGAAAUGUUUUUAUGAUAUGACAAUCAGAAUUUCUGGAUCUUUAUAUGUGACAGCUAACACAUUUUUCAGUGAGAUUUCUGAUUUGUAUUGUAUUUUAAAUGGAAUGGUGGAAGCUGGUGGGGCAGUGAGCUUAAUGGGGAGAAAUAUGAAAGCAAAAUUUGAGAAGUAUUGGGGUGAUAUAGACAAGAUGAAUCUUAUGAUUUUCUUUGCAAACAUUCUAGACCCCAGGGAUAAAUUAGAGUAUAUGCCUACUCAAAUUAAUCAUAUGUAUGGUGAGAAGAAAGGUAAACCAUACUAUGAUAAAGUGCUUGCUGGUUUGAAUGAGUUAUUUGAUGAUUAUUCUGUUCCUGCCACUUCUUCUGUUUCUGCUUCUUCUGUGUCUGCUGCUGUUGGUAGUGCUUCUUCUGUGAGUUCUGUCAGUUCUGUGUCUGUUGGAAGGCCACAGCAUUUACUCAAGUCCCAAAUUAAAAAACAAAGAUUGGAAUCUGGGAGUAAGAAAAAAACUGAACUGGAUAUCUACUUGAGUGAGGCAAUAGUUGAGGAGGAAAACUCCUUUGAUAUUCUGAGAUGGUGGAAGAUAAAUGCUGAGAGGUUUCCCAUCCUUUCUAAGCUUGCUAUGGAUGUCCUAGCUAUUCCAAUCUCAACUGUUGCCUCUGAGUCUGCCUUCAGUACAUCUGGGAGAGUAUUGGAUCCUUUUAGGAGUUCAUUAACUCCAAAAAUUGUGGAAGCUUUGGUGUGUACCCAGGAUUGGCUUAGACUGCCCAAUACUCCUCUAUGUAUUGAGGAAAAUCUUGAAGAACUGGAGAGGUUUGAAAAAGAGUUAGUUGAUGGUGGAAGUGGAAGGAAUUUUGAUCCUACACUGGCUACAAUUCCUGUAAUGCCACAGCAUUUACUCAAGUCCCAAAUUAAAAAACAAAGAUUGGAAUCUGGGAGUAAGAAAAAAACUGAACUGGAUAUCUACUUGAGUGAGGCAAUAGUUGAGGAGGAAAACUCCUUUGAUAUUCUGAGAUGGUGGAAGAUAAAUGCUGAGAGGUUUCCCAUCCUUUCUAAGCUUGCUAUGGAUGUCCUAGCUAUUCCAAUCUCAACUGUUGCCUCUGAGUCUGCCUUCAGUACAUCUGGGAGAGUAUUGGAUCCUUUUAGGAGUUCAUUAACUCCAAAAAUUGUGGAAGCUUUGGUGUGUACCCAGGAUUGGCUUAGACUGCCCAAUACUCCUCUAUGUAUUGAGGAAAAUCUUGAAGAACUGGAGAGGUUUGAAAAAGAGUUAGUUGAUGGUGGAAGUGGAAGGAAUUUUGAUCCUACACUGGCUACAAUUCCUUUUAUGUGGCAAAUGGCAAUGAUGAAGCUUCCACCUAUAAUCUGA